UCUUAUUUUCAGCAGAGUUUUAUCUCCUCACCAUCAUGUCCUACGACCGCUACAUGGCCAUCUGCAAGCCCCUGCACUACGGGACCCUCCUGGGCAGCAGAGCUUGUGCCCACAUGGCAGCAGCUGCCUGGGGCAGUGGGUUUCUCAAUGCUCUGCUGCACACAGCCAAUACAUUUUCACUACCCCUCUGCCGAGGCAAUGCUGUGGAGCAGUUCUUCUGUGAAAUCCCCCAGAUCCUCAAGCUCUGCUGCUCAGACGCCUCCCUCAGAGAAGUUGGCCUUCUUGUGGUUAGUGCCCUGAUUGGUUUUGUGUGUUUUGUUUUCAUUGUGGGUUCCUAUGUGCAGAUCUUCAGGGCUGUGCUGAGGAUCCCCUCUGAGCAGGGACGCCACAAAGCCUUUUCCACGUGCCUCCCUCACCUGGCCGUGGUCUCCGUGUUCAUCAGCACUGGCACAUUUGCCUACCUGAAGCCCCCCUCCAUCUCCUCCCCAUCCCUGGAUCUGGUGGUGUCAGUGCUGUACUCGGUGGUGCCUCCAGCAGUGAACCCCCUCAUCUACAGCCUGAGGAACCAGGAGCUCAAGGAUGCUGUGAGGAAGCUGGUGAUUGGCUGUGUUUCAUCAGUUGUACACUGCCUGCUUUCCUCUGCAAAGGGCUCCCAGUGUAGGUCAUGA